UUUCUAGCACUUUGAAGUUUCUGGUUUGUUGUCAUGGGGUGUAAAGCUGUAUAUCAGUUGGUGCUCUCUUUUGGGCUGCUUAGUUUUUAUUUUGAUGAAGUUUAUUCUGCUUUCGGUUACAGGAGGGCCAAAUUGCCAUCGAAAGUCCACAAGGCUGUGGUUAUACCGAAACAGAGUGCAGCACAGCAAAGAGCGGGGUCGCCCGAAACGGUAUCUGCACAAUGCACGGAGUGGAACGUUAUCGUGACUAUCAAUCCUGAUCUACUAGGUAUUCAGCAUCUUGUCCAGGCGUCCGAUUUGUCAGUAGGAGGAUGUGGAGUGACCAGCCAAACGCCAACUGCCUUUGUGAUUGAGGCUCCAUUACAGGGCUGUGGCAGCACCGUUACGAUGACUGCUAAUGAAAUGGUGUACACAUUCACCCUUGACUACAAUCCCUCUCCUCUUCCUGGAAUUCCCAUUAUACGAACCAACCCAGCUGUGGUGCAGAUUGAAUGCCAUUAUCCCAGGCUCCACAAUGUCAGCAGUAAUGCACUGAAUCCCACUUGGGUCCCAUAUACCUCCACCAUAUCUUCUCAGGAUGUUUUGGGAUUCUCUCUGGUUAUAAUGAAUAGUGACUGGAGUGGACCAAGUUCCUCCAAGAUCUUCUACCUAGGUGACCUUAUCAACCUGCAGGCAUCAGUUGACAGCACUAACCAUGUGCCUCUGCAGCUCUUUGUAGACAACUGUGUGGCUUCAUCAGCUUCAGAUGGUUCUGCCCCAACAUACACCUUCAUUGGUAACAAUGGGUGCUUUAUGGACAGCAAAGUGACUGGGUCCAAUUCCCAGUUCCUCGCUCCCAGAGUUGCUCCAUCCACCCUCCAGUUUGUACUUGAUGCCUUCAGAUUCUAUGGUGUGGCUACAAGCUCUAUCUUCAUUACAUGUCGUCUGAAGGUGACUUUAGCUUCCCAGGGCAUUGACUCCUUGAACAAGGCCUGCACCUACAUACCUGGACUGAGCCAGUGGACAUCUGUAGAUGGCAGUAACCAGGUAUGUGGCUGCUGUGAUGACAGUUGUGCUGCUGGCCUCCGUAGACGGCCAUGGAACAUUGCCAGAUCAAGGCAGAGGAGGGAUGCACAAACCAUGCCAGCUGAAUGGGAGAAGACCCUCAUUGUUGGCCCUGUCUUCCUGGAAGAGAAGCCUGAGCCUGUGGUGUCUGAAUAUCUGGCUGCUACUGAAAAGCCAGCAGGUUCCUUUGUGCUGGUCCUGGGUUCAAUGCUGGUUGUAUUGGCUCUGGCAUGUUCUGCUUUUCUUAUUUUCCUCUUGUAUCGGAAACCUCAAAUUUCUAAUUAAACUGACUGAAAUUUC